AUGGAUGACAAUCCUGGCCCUCGCCGCGGGGACCAUGCUGGCGCUCUCUCGGCCUCGACCGCCGCCCACCUCUUCGCCAACUUCACACCGUACGAACCCAUCUCCCGUGCGACUACUCCCGGCAUACCCUGCGCCAAAGUAGACGAUGACGACAAGAAGCGAUAUCGGCCACGAACCUUUGCCUACUUCAGGCAGUUGCCGUUCGAGGUUGAAGACGAAUCCGAACGAGAUGCUGCUCUGCAGCAGAUUCUAAAACAGCUCUACAUUGCCAUCAAGGCUGAGGACUUCAGCCCAGGCGCUUUGCACUGGACAAGGGAGCUUUCAGCAUGGCUAAAUCUCAAGUUCGAAAUGACGAGAGAAGACAGAGCCAAGCUUGCGAAGUUAUACUUUAGUCUUGCACUUGCACCUGGAUUGGACCAUGCUGCCUCUGACCGUUUCUUGCGGAUGGUGCUCACGCUCACAAGAAAGAGCCACUACCUCAAACCUGGAGAGGACCUCACGUUCGAUUGGCGACCCCUCUGGGAAGAGCUCAGGCCAUGGAUACUGUCCUCCGAAGCCCCACCCCAUCAGACCAGCCGCCGACGCUCGAUGAAGCAACUGCUCAAGCUGUGCACACACGCAAAUACAUUCUUUGAUCCAAGUGAGCGUCGCCAGAUGCUGGAGGUGUUCUUGCCCUACUUCAGUGUCAACGAUCUGCCCAAUGCCUUCAUCGUCAUUGGGUUGCUGAAUGCCCUCUUGCCCAGUCAACCUGCCCCAGAGCAUGAUGUCAAGUCGCAGCCCGGCACCUUCUUUCCUACUCUGUUCCAUCUGUGGUCGAUCUUGAACCGGUCUAAGGUAUUCGACACUUUUGUGAUAGAUUUGUUUUCCAGAAUGGCCAGGGACCACCUGCACUGCUCCUAUGUGCCCUUCAAUGAGUAUGGCAUUUUCACCAAGGAGCAAUCCAAUCUCAUUUUCACCGCCAUCCUUCGCUUGACAGGCAUUCCCGUUGGCCAGGCCAGUUCACCGUACACUGCCCUAGAUUAUCUGGCCGGGGCUGCCGUGUUCCUUGAGAAAGACAAAAAGAAGUAUCCAAUUGCGUACAUGCUCUCCCGUCUAAUUGUGUACUCCCUGUCACCCCUGUGCCUGGAACACGAAGAAUCUACCAUGGCUAGCUUAGAGGGUCUUAUGGAAUCGAUUGAUACAUUUUUCCACCCCUCGAACCAGGGCUCCUGGACUGCAUUGCUAGGCCAACUUACGCUCUAUCUUACGGAUUCCUUCGUUUCCCGUUGGAACCGUGAGCAGAGCGGAGAGCUUGAUAUUCCACCUGAGAGAAGGAUCAAUGCCGCCCUGAAGAGACGGUUUGUGGCUUCACUCAAGGAAGUGACCUUUAUGGGUCUAUUUUCCAAGAGCGGGAAAGUCUCGCACUAUUACUACAAUGCCUUGCAGGGAUUGGCAUUCUUGGAGCCUGAUCUGGUGCUACCCGGUGCGCUCCAACGAUUUUAUCCCAGUCUUCAGGGUUUGGUGGAGGUGCACCGAACCACUUCGAGUUUGAAUGGCUUGCAGAUGAUUGCCAAUGUUAUGUCAAGACUCAAGGGAUACCGCUGCCACUUAACCGCCCUCCUCGCCCUGGCACUGCCUGGAAUUGACGCAAAUGAUCUAAGCAAAACUCAAUAUACACUGGCCUUCAUCCAGAGUGUUGCGAACAGCAUUCCAAUGGUUCCACUUAUCAAGGAGGAGGGCGUCCAUGAUACCACCUUGGCUAUGCAGUGGGUCCAAGGCGAAAUGGAGCGCAUGGAGCGCGAUGGCCAGAACGUCAAGAUUGACUACAAUACAGAGCUAACAGACGAGGACGAGGAACUAAUUCUCAGAUCCUCGACGGCUGGAUUCGGUGAAUUCCUCAUAACUCUAUUAGGGAAAGUCUUUACCCUUCUGGAGAACUUGCCUGAUGCCAAUGAUGCUCGAGGGGCCACACCAGAGGACAACGUUAUAAAUGCCCUUCCGGCUGCUUUCUCACCACUAUUCGCAUCACUCUCUCCGGAAUUGUUCGAUAUCGCCCUUGAGAAACUAGCUACUUUUGUGUCUAGCCAUGUGAUCCAUCAGGCUCGUGAUGCAAUGGCGUGGAUCUUGAAUGCGCUGUGCAAGAUCAACCCAGAGAAGACACUGAAAGUCUUUGUUCCCAUGCUUGUCGUCAAUAUUCGUAACGAGAUCGACCAGAACAAUGCUGCCUCAGACCGAACAUCUGGCACAGAUUAUUUACCGAGAGAUCGAGCCUUGGUCUGGCAUAUUAGUAUGCUUGCUAUGACUGUUGUCCAUGUAGGACGUGAAGUUCUCAACUACAAAUCAGAGCUUCUUGGUAUUGCCGAGUACAUGUUAGAAAAGUGCCGCGGCUUGCCUACCAUCUUGGUGUCCAACUACAUUCAUCAUCUCCUCCUCAACCUCACUCACACCUACGCGAUUGACCAUGCCCUGUACGAGCCAGAAGUCAUUCAACGAGGUGUUGAUAUUUCCGAUUGGGGCCGAUCUACAACCCCGGCUGACCUUACAAUUCGUUGGCACCAGCCCUCUCCAUCUGAGAUUGAAUUUGCCGUCGAGCUGUUCGAAUCCCAGACCAAGUCAGCUACUGAGCAAUUGGAGUUGCUAAUGAGCGACAACCCGCCAGUUAGCAGAUCGGGAAAGAACAAGGAGUGGUCUGACGAAGCAUCCAGACAGCUUCAACAAAUUCGUCUCAUCACAGCCGGUAUGGCGACUUUGUUUGACCCGAAGCGUGCUUCCGGAGAUCGAACUGGCGAAGCCAAUGGCACAUCAAAGAUGGAGGUAGAUGGAGAUGGGGAAGAUCUGAUUGAGGAUGACGAGCCAUUGGCUGAGGUUGGGGAGGAUGAAGAGCUCCGACCUCAAUUUCGCGCCAGGGCCGGAUAUGCGCUCACUUCCAGUGACGCAUCUUACCAAAAGAUUCAUAACAUCCGGGAUGACCUUGGUCUCCUCCUGUCCAAAUUCCAUGGCUUUUUGAGAGAGAAUAUGGAGGAUGAUGUCGACUGCUUCACUGCACUGUACAGCGCUUACCGUACCUGGAUCACAGAUGUGGGUAUCGAAAGAUCAGCCCACCCUCUGGAUCGUCAUGUUAGACUCUACAGGUCCGAUAUAUCUCCAUUCCAAAUCAAAGGUCUGCGAAAGGUAUAUCCCCGACCGCUCCUCAUUAAACGGGCCGAGGCCUACCAGAUGCUCCGUAUGAAACACAAUGCAUCGGCAAGACAAAAGAGCGAUAUCGAUAAGCGCUUGCUCCUUGAUCUCGCCCAAUCUUGUUUGUCAUCAUACGCUGAUGUUCGGCGAGUCGCACAAAGCUCCCAGGACUCGUCCCUGAGAUCGUUAAUUGGUGGUAAACCCCUGGUGAUUCCAACCAUCUUGGAAGGGUUCCGCGAAGCUCUUAACGCCGUGGACCAUGACCGGAUCAAGGGCGCCAUGUACACGAUCUUGUACACCAGUCUUGUUCGUACUGUGAUUAAGGACUGGAGAUACGCACCGGAAGCGAUGCGGCUCUAUAUUGAAACCGCCGGUAUCGACAAGCCAUCUAUUCAAAUUCUCGGUUCAUCCGCGCUGUAUAGUUUGCUCGAGUUUGGAAAGUCCGUGGAGCAGAUGGUUCUGGUAAAUGAUGACUACCUAAAGACGAUCGAACCAUCAGAAGAUGUCUCUGCGCCUAUAGCAAAGAGAAAUCAGUUCAUUCAACAGCGCCGAAAGCGCGUGGAAGAGUCUAAAGCAAAGCUGGGCCUAGAGCUAACAGAAAAAGCCAAGGGGGCACAUUGGAAGAUAGCGACCAGGUGCUCGAUAUUUGCUGCCAAUCUCUGUCUCCGAUUCAGCGAGCUCGCUCUUCCUGAGUUCGUUGAUCUUGUGGUACGGGGCACCAUUGACCCCCACCCCGGAUUGAGAAGCUACUAUCUCAAUGCUUUCACGACCAUCUUCACGGCCAUCGACAUCCGUGCUGUCUAUGGUCAUAAGUAUCUCAACUAUUUGACCGAGAAAGAAAAUGGCCGAGAUAGGAUUAAAAUCUCUGUUGAGAAGGGUGAUGCCGACUUCACCAGUAGAUUCCUGGAAGCCUUUAGUCACCCGGAAAACGCCGAAUACAUGGUCGAUGCUGACUACCCCGGAUGGCUCGUCUGGGGCAAGCAGUUCACUGCUUUCAAGGCCAAGCCUAGCCGCUUCGAGGCAUAUGACGAGGUCGAGACUGCCAUCAGGGAGCAGAUUGGUGGCAUAUUGACCAAGAAAUGGUUCGCCCAGUGCUUCGAAUACCUCAAGCAAGAGCCACGAGAUGCGUCCACGGACAGAUUCCGCAUGAGCAAUGUUUAUCUCCUGAUGCAUGUAUUCGAUCUGUUGCACUACGGCAAAACCGCAGCAACCCUGGAAGAUAUUGAAGAUCUGGUUAAGAAUGUAUAUGGAGAAGGUACUGAUAAGCAUCAACAUCGCGCCACUUCAGAGAUUUUAGGUGCCCUUCUCUCAGGAUCCAGCGAUGAUCCACCGGAUAUGCGCAACCGCGUGUGGAAAUUUGCUGCGCCGAUGUUCUUGAGAAUUCUUUCCGAAGACUUGACCCCCGAGAAUAUCUCAUAUUGGCUCACGUGCUUGCACAUGGUCCUUGAUUCCAAGGAUCCCAGGCGCUGCCAUGAGAUCACUUCUGCCUUGAGAGAUUUCAAGCUUGACAUGACGUCGAAUGCGGCUUUCAAAGAGUCAGCCAAAGUUCAACUCCUCGAGUUUGUCAUUUCCGACGCCUCUUGGCACUUCCGUGAUGUGCAGCCUAUUCUCGAUGACUUCCUCGGCCACUUAGAUCACCCUUAUAAAGCCGUCCGCGAAGCCAUGGGCAGAGUGCUCUCGGUGAUCUACAAGACCCGGUACCACGAGUCAUUUGAGAAUGUGACCAAGCUACUAGAAGCAAAUAAGGCUGCUUCGUCCAUUGGUCUGAGACCAUACCGCCCAACAGAGGAAUUCUCGACGACCAUCAAAACUAUCUUCGAUCAGCUGGAGAAGUGGCGUCAUGAGCGCGAACCGGGCCAGCAAACACCCUCGUCCUAUACCUCCGCCUCCAAGACCGUCCUAAUGUGGCUGGACUGCACGCUAUCCUCGCACGAAUGUAUCACCUUGGUCCCCUUCUUCUCCGAUCCAUUCAUGGGACAACUGUUACAUAUGAUGGAUGUGAAGGAAGACCCCGAGCUUAUGAGGCUGGCCUACCAUGUCUACAGACACUUCCCCAAUAUUCCUUUCCGUGAUGGAGAGGAUGCUGAGUUCAUCGAUGGCUUGAUCCGCAUUGGCAAGACAGCUACCAGCUGGCACCAGCGUCUACGUGCAUUGGUCAACAUGCAAGUUGUGUACUUCCGCAGAAUUUUCCUCACAAAGAAGAAGCAGCGUGAUCAGCUAUUUGACGCUGUCUCGGAGAUGCUGAGCGACCCACAGAUUGAGGUGAGGACCUCGGCCUCAACGACGCUCGCCGGUAUGAUCCGUUGUUCACCGCGUCCUAUCCGUGAUCCUAUGAUUGGGGUCUUGAAGAAGAGGUUCGAGGAUCAGCUGCGAAAGAACCCGAUGCCCAAGCGCAAACUUCCAGGCGCAGAGACCCCUGUGAACACGCAUCAGCAGAUCGCCAGGCGUCAUGCUGCUGUUCUCGGAUUGGGGGCAUUGAUUGAGGCGUUCCCUUAUGCUACUCCGCCCCCUGAAUGGAUGCCAGAAGUCCUGGCAACCCUUGCCAGACGGGCUGCUGGUGAUCCUGGUACUGUCGGCAAAGCCACCAAGAUGAUCUUGAGCGAGUUCAAGAAGACAAGGCAGGAUAGUUGGAGUGUUGAUCAAAAAUACUUCACGCAAGAACAACUUGAAGAUCUUGAAGGAGUGCUUUGGAAGAGUUAUUUCGCUUAA